UGCAUACCUAUCUACAUACAAUAACGUCUUUGGAUCACGCGGGUGGCACUUUCGAUUUUUACGUCACUUCAACUUCAACCACUUUAGCCUUCUAACAGUUAAUUUUCGUGAUGCUCUAAUUCUAAUUUAAGACCAAAGAUGGCUUCCGUACUUUCUUACGUUCCUAUCGUGAACCGACUCGUCUCUAAUACAGGUCGCACUCGGACCAUUGACAUCCCACCUGUUGAGGUUCACAAUGUGGAGACGGCAGCUGAGAAACGACCAAGGACCCUUAAGCACCUAUUGAGGGCAAACCACGUUAAUCAUUCCAUUCUCUACCACAAUUUGGAGUUUCACAACCAUCUGCCCCAUAUCCUCGGGUCUGCUUAUAUCCUUGGAGCAGAUGUUCAGCAAUUGCAUAAGAUCUACGAUGUAGAAGCACAGGAUCUGGAGUCAUGGAAAGAAUCGCCGGCUGAAAUAGCCCAGGAGGACUGGAGAGACUUUCUCGGAGAACCAGAGUACCAGCGUGCCUAUGUUGAUUUCUUCGAAGAUUCUCUAGCAUUGAGGCACAAUUACCAGUGGAGAGGUGUAGUGGAAGAGUACAUAUAUGGGGGCAAGGAGCCCUUAGUAAACUGCCUCAUCGGAGGCCUUGGGCAUCCUCUCAUUCACCUGGGCUAUGCUUAUGAGGUAGACAGUCGCGAAGUUGCCAUGGAGGCACUUGGCAUGGCGGCUACGCAAUACAACUUCCUUCAUAAGUAUAUUGACGAUGCUUCGUAUUCGAAGCCGUCUUCGAUCAAGCCGUCUUCGCCCUUGGAGCUGCUCUUAAAACUGAGGAGUGAUAAUCGUCUGGAUGGAGUCUUCAAGGAACCAGGACCUGACAACAUUGAGCCGCUAUUCAAGAAGCACGAGGAUAUUGUUCUAGAGUACUGGAACGCAUGGACACUCGACGAUCCGGUAAAGGACUUCGAACAAUCCCAGGAAGCUGCGGUUGCUAUCCUAAUUGCCACAGUUCCGCCCGGAACUCAUUCAUAUAACUUCUUUCUUUGCCACGUGCUGACGACGAGUCAUGCCGUCAGGAUACUGCUUCCAUUCAUCCCAUCGGAAUUUCGCAUCAACUUAGUUAGGCAAUGGUGGCUAUUCGCAAUUGCCGUUUAUAUCGCUGAACUCCGCCCGAAAAUUGACCCUGAUUACAUCAAGCGCGAAGAUGUUGCUGGGAAGCAAUGGAAUUAUGUGGAGGACAAGGCAUUAAAUGGACCUUAUGCCACUGACGCUCAUUUUGUUAAGGUUGUGCGUGCUAUUAAAGAAGCGGCUCGGACUUGGGGCGACGUACAUGAACGUUAUUUGGCUGCGGCCGUCCGGUUUGCCGAUGACUUCCAGGGAUGGACCUUUUCAUAGUAUUAGGUCUCUUGAUAUCUGUGUUGUAAUACGAACUGUGAAAUAUGUAUGAAUCAUGAGGAUAUUUGGACAAAAUUGAUCGCCGAGCUAGCCUGUUGUUAUUGUUGUUAACAACUAUGGGACUAUUUAAAAAUGUAAUAAAAUGAAAUAAAAUAAUAGCAAACCAUGAUGAUUGAAGCGUAACCAUACAUGAGGGGAAAAAUAUAUAUAUAAG